CUUCUUCUACAAACCGGUUAAGAUUAAAGCAAUAGUCUGACUCUGUAGUAGGUUUGGUGACAAGAACUUUCUUUUACCUUUUUCUCCUCAUUUUUACAAAAUUACCCAAUCUUGAUAAUUUUAGGAAAUUAAAUUACAAAAGAAAAAUCAAGUAAAUUUUCCAUUUUCAUCAGUCCUUCUAAACAGAAACUUUCUUUUUUUCUUGGCGGCAUUUGAUUUCCCUAUUUUAAUCGAUUAAUCAAUAAUUUUCUGCUUUCCCUCAAUAAUUAAGUAAUAAAUUUUUUUAUAUAUUAAAAUCAUUGGUCUUUCAUUUGCUGUCUUACAGACCUUCUUUCUUCUUUCUCUUUCAUUUCCUCUGCUCUGUUCUGUUCUUUCUUCUUCUUCUUCUUCUUAAUCACUUCCUCCUCCAGACACCCUAUGUCUCAAUAAUUUUUCAGUUCUCAUUUCUGUAUUUAUUAUUUCAGUUUCAGAAGGAGGAGGGGAAGAAAUUAAGAAAAAGAAAACGGAUUUUUCAUUUAUUUUGUUAACUUAACAGUCAACUGUAUUUUUGGGGGUCAGAGAAGAAGAAGAGGAGAUCUGAUAUUUGAUUUCUGGGUUCUUUUUGUAAACCCUAGUUUAGUCUGUUUGAUUCUGAAAGGUGGUUUUUUUUUCUUUUAUUUUUCUCUGACAAAAUUACAAGUGGAUUCAUGCUUGGUUAUGAAGUUAGCUCAGAAAUGGAUUUGUUUGAUUCCAUUUGAUGAAGAGUAGUAGUAAUAGGGUUUUAGAGAGAUCUGAAGUUCUUUCUUCUCUAUUAGGUUACUUGAAGAAACCUAAAAGGAUCUAGAAUCAAAAAUUUUAAUUGAGGAGAAGAUGAAUAAAACGAAGACGAAGAUUAUAUCUGAAAUGUCACCGAAGAACAGUAUGGAUGAUAUUUCAAUUGCAGCUGAAUCAGAAUGGGAGCUUAGACCAGGAGGAAUGUUGGUUCAGAAACGUAAUCCUGAUUCAGAUCGAGCUGUUGUGCCCCCACCAACUAUAAGAGUUAGGGUUAAGCAUAAUUCAAUUUAUCAUGAAAUCUAUAUCAAUUCACAAGCCAGUUUUGGGGAAUUGAAGAAAAUGCUGUCGGCACCAACUGGAUUACACCCAGAUGAUCAGAAACUGUUGUUUAAAGAUAAAGAAAGGGAUUCUAAAGCUUAUUUAGAUGUUGUUGGAGUUAAAGAUAGAUCAAAAAUUGUUGUAAUGGAAGAUCCAAUGAGACAAGAAAGAAGAUUUCUUGAAAUGAGAAAAACUGCUAAAUUUGAAAAGGCAGCAAAAUCUGUUUCUGAAAUCAGUCUGGAAGUUGAUAAACUUGCUGCAAAGGUUGCAGCAUUGGAUUCUGCAAUCUCUAAAGGAGUAAAAGUUGCUGAUACUGAAGUAUUGAAUUUGAUUGAAUUGUUGAUGACACAAUUGAUUAAAUUGGAUGGAAUUGUUGCUGAUGGUGAUAUCAAAAUACAAAGAAGAUUGCAGGUUAAGCGAGUUCAGAAGUAUGUCGAGACAUUAGACCUGUUAAAGAUAAAAAAUGCUGAGCCACGCAGCAACGGGAACCAAAACCCAUUGCAACAGCAACAGCAACAGCAAAAAGCACCACAGUCUAGGCAUUCAACAGGAACAAUUCCAAUAACUGCUCAGCCGCAACGACAGCAGCCAACAGCUGCUCCACAACAACAACAGCAGCAGCCAACAUCUAGGAGGUCUGUGAAGCCAAUUCCCACUACACCAGCUGUGGUUUCGACCAGAUGGGAAACCUUUGAUAACUCAUCAGCCGGGUUUGUGCCAUAUCCAUCCACUUCCAAAACCAAUAAUGGCACCACCACCCAACCUAAUAAGCUAAACUGGGAGUUUUUUGACUAAUAAAACUCUCCAUAGAAUGGAAUCAAGAUUUCAGAUAAAUACUGGUUUGUUUGUGUGCUGAGUGUGUGUAUUUUUUUUCUUUCGAGUUUGUGUUCGGUGGAUUUGAUCUUCCUUUGUCCAUUCUUUUCUGUAUUUAGAUUCUUAAAAAGUAUAUCUAUCCCCUUUACUCUCUAUUCCACUGAUUCAAUCCAUCAGAAAAAUAAUCGGGGUUGUGAAAAUUGUUUUCAUUUUUAGUAGAAAUCAUUGCCAAUUUAUUAUA